AUGGGAGUAACAGCUUUUAAGCCACCUCCAGAAGUAAAUUUUUGCGGUAACCUAUCUGAAGUGUGGAAAAGAUGGAAGCAAAGGUACGACUUAUAUGUACUAGCAACGUCCACGAACACUUUGCCCAACGAGCAACAAGUAGCUAUACUAUUAAACUUAAUGGGUGAUCAAGGCAUUGAAUUGUAUAAUACGUUCAAUGUAUCAGCAACUGCAAAAGUGAGUGAAGUAUUAGAACAAUUUGAAAAGUAUUGUAAUCCUCGUAAGAAUAUUGUCUAUGAGAGAUUUAUAUUCUUCAACGCUAAGCAGAAGCAGGAUCAGAGUAUCGGAGAAUACAUAAUAGAACUACAGACGUUAUCAACAUCAUGUGAAUUUAUGGAAAAAAACAACUUGUGUCGUGAUAGGUUGAUAGUGGGGCUGUUAGAUGUCGGACUACAAGAACGUCUAUUGAGAGAAUCCAACCUUACAUUGGAGAAAGCUGCUGAAUUUUGUCGAACCACAGAAGCGAGUCGACAACAGACCAACGCAAUCCAAGGGCAAAGCAGUCAGACCAGAACCAAUGCAGUCGAGAGAGUAGAUGCAGUCAAAACAAAGGAAGGUACAAAGGCUCAUUUUAAGUGGAAAAAAAAUUAUCAAAGUAAAAGUAAAUCGAGUUGUCCAGCGUAUAAUAAAAUGUGUGCCAAGUGUACAGGCAAAAAUCAUUUUGCUUCUGUUUGUAGGAAAGAAAAAAAGCAUGUGCAUAUAGUUGAUAGUGAAUGUGACACUAAUAAUUUGUUUAUUCACUCUUUAAUUAGUAGUGAUAGUAACAAGUCAUGGUUCAAAGAUGUAAUAGUCAGUUUUAAAGAAAUACAACUAUAUGUUAAUUUCAAAUUGGACACUGGUGCAGAGGCUAAUAUUUUACCUCUCCAUACAGCUAAAUUGUUAAAAAUAAAAAAAUUAGAUAAGACAAGGACUGUCCUAAUAAGUUUUGGAGAUCAAAGAAUAAAACCAGAAGGAGAAGUUAUUUUGGACUGUACUAUAAAAAACAAAAGUGAGAGACAUAAAAUAAAAUUUCUAAUUGUAGAUAUUAGUAAUGCUAUUCCUAUAUUAGGAUUAGACGCAUGCAGAUUAUUAAAAUUGAUUGGUAGAAUAGAUACAGUAACACUGACAAAGUUGGAAGAUAAAGUUAGUAGGAAAAAAUAUCAUAUUACUUUAGACCAAGAGGUAACUCCAGUUAUAAGUCCAAAUAGGAGAGUACCAUUUAGUAUUAUUCCUGAGUUAAAAGAUACUAUUAAGUCACUGGAGAUAAGGAACGUUAUCAAGAAAAUAAAUGAACCGACUGAGUGGGUAAGUCCCUUAGUGAUUGUUAAAAAACCUAAAGGAGGACUUAGAUUAUGCUUAGAUCCAAAAAAUCUUAAUAAAGCAAUAAGGAGAGAGCACCAUCCCAUCCCAAACGUUGAAGAAAUAUUAGCAGGGUUAGAAGGUAAAAAAUUGUUUAGUGUAUUAGAUCUCAAAGAUGGUUUCUGGCACGUGAAAUUAGAUGAGGAUAGUUCAAAAGUGUGUACGUUUACUACACCAUUUGGUCGUUAUUGUUUUAUGAGAUUACCUUUUGGAAUUUCAUCUGCACCUGAAGUUUUCCAGCGUAAGACAAGUGAGGCUUUUGGAGAAAUUGAUGGAGUGCUCUGUUAUUUUAAUGAUCUUAUUAUAUCAGGAGCAACAGAACUAGAACACGAUAGAGCCCUUGUUAGAGUGUUAAACAGAGCUAGAGAAUUAAAUAUAAAAUUUAAUAAGGAAAAGUUUCAAUUCAAGCGAAAUACAGUAAGUUAUGUUGGACAUGAAAUUUCGCAUGAGGGUGUGAGGCCAGAUAAGAAACAUAUAGAAGCAGUAGUAAAAUUAAGUUAUCCAAAAACGAAAAAAGAGCUGUUGAGAUUGUUAGGAUUAGUAAAAUAUGUUGGAAAAUUUAUACCAAACCUAAGUAAAAUAACUGCACCUUUAAGACAACUUACACAAAAUAAUGUUGAAUUUAAGUUGCAAAGUCAACACAUACAGUCCGUCGAUAAGCUUAAAAAAUUGUUAUCAACAUCACCGCUUCUUAAAACCUUUGAUAACAAAAAGCCUAUCAUAAUACAGACAGAUGCUUCUCGAGAUGGGCUGGGUUCUGCAUUAAUACAAAAUGGGCAUGUAGUGUCGUAUGCAUCUCGUAGUUUAAAUAAUGCUGAGAAACAAUAUGCCCAAAUAGAGAAAGAGAUGCUAGCCAUAUCGUUCGCGUGUGACAAAUUUCAUACAUUUAUUUAUGGCAGAAAAGUAGUUGUUCAAUCUGACCAUAAACCACUGGAGUCUAUUUUCAAAAAAGAUUUGCAUAAAGUAACUAUGAGACUGCAAAGAUUAAGAAUGCGACUGCUAAAGUAUGAUUUAAGUAUUGUGUUUACACCCGGUAGAGAGAUGUACAUUGCAGAUACAUUAUCAAGGGAUUUUUUAAGCACAGAAGGUGAUAAUGAUCCUGAAAUAGAGUUAGUGGUUCUUGAGUUAAUAGAAAGUCUAGCUAUGUCGAAAGAGAAAAAGAAGUUAUUUGAAACAGAAACAGAAAAAGAUAGUGAACUAAGUACCCUUAUCAAAUUGUGCAACACUGGUUGGCCAAUGACUAAAAAUAAAGUCCCACACAACAUACAAUUUUAUUGGAACAUUAAAGAUGAUCUAAUGAUAGUAGACGGACUAGUAUUUUUAAAUAAGAAAGUUGUUGUGCCUGAGAUAUUGAAAAAUCCAAUGUUAAAAAUAAUACAUGAAGGACACUGGGGAAUAGUCAAGUGUAAGUCCAGAGCAAGAGAGUUACUGUAUUGGCGUGGUAUGGAUAAAGACAUAGAGAAAUUAGUUCAGUCAUGUAAUGUUUGUACUAAACUACAAAAUGCUAAACCUAAGGAACCUUUACUAUCUCAUCCUGUACCAAACAGAUCUUGGGAAAGAUUAGGAGCAGAUAUAUUAGAGUUUGAUCAUAAGUAUUAUUUGGUAGUCGUUGAUUAUUAUUCUAACUGGAUAGAGUUGUUACAUAUCUCUAAUAAGUCAGCUAGUGAAAUAAUUUCUAAAUGUAUGUCUAUUUUUGCUAGGUUUGGUAGUCCUGAUAUAGUAGUAGCUGACAAUGUACCAUUUAAUAGCAUCGAAUUUAGGAACUUUGGAAAAGCCUGGAACUUUGAAGUGAUUACAAGUAGUCCUAAUUAUCAGCAGUCCAACGGCUUAGCUGAAAAAUUUGUGGGGAUUUGUAAAAAAAUUUUAAAAAAGAGUGUUGAGAGUAAGCAAUCCCCAUAUAUUUCACUGUUGGAAUAUAGAAACACUCGUAUUGAACGUGUGGGUUUUUCUCCAGCAGAACUGCAUACAAAAAAGUGUAAUGAAUUUAUACCACAAGAGGAUAUAUUAUUCUUAAAAGAUAAUGUGUGGGUACCAGGAAAAAUAAUUAAGAAAGCUAAUGCACCUAGGUCUUAUUGGUUGAUUGAUUUGUUUAAAAAAGAGUUUAGAAGAACAAGUAGACAUAUAAGAAAAAGAAUCCUAGGACCAAUUAGUAUAAAUGGUGAGAGUGAUGAGAAUGAAAACCUUGAAGAAAAAAAUGGAGCUUUAAAAGUUAUUUGGGGCUUUGUCUCCCCCUCUGAACGUGUCACUGAAAUCAACAAAAGUAUACUGUAA